UCCAUGCCUUGCAGUUACCCUGCGCCGAGGAAAAUCGAAUGUAGCAGGGGUGUCCAGAUUAGGUCAAUAUGAUCAAUCGGUCGGACUUCGAUAUGCAGGCCUGCUGCGCCCGACCCUAGUCGAUACCCGACCACACGUCACGAUUGGAUCCUCAAUCGUGGCGCAAGCAUCGAAGCGCCGAUGUCCCGAGUGGGUUACAGAUCAUAAUAGAACGUCGACAUCAGGCGACAAGGCAAACUCGGGAACAAGUACUGGUCUUCGAAAGGUUUGUGAACCAUUUUCAAGUGUUUCAACCCGUCACCUUCUGAGCAAGCUUACAUCGAAGGGGAGGACAGUAUGCGAAAGCUCCGUCUUCGUUGAUAUGAGAUAGGCACCUCCCAUCCGCAGUUGACAAAGCCCGCACACUGGUGGUACAAUGCCCUUCCUCUUCAAUGGAGCGAUAAAGCGUCGAAAGGAUGCGGCUGCCACAAACGCCUGGUCACCCGAGCCUUCCUCCAGCCCUCCAUCUUACCCUUUCAAUGCCAUAACUGCUCUUGGUCACCAGCCCCAAUGGACUCCGCAGGCUGACCCUCACAGCGCGUUGCUGCCGGCCUACACGGCCGCGAGCCUCCCUGUCCGAAACCAUGAGAUAUACCCGGACAACAGACUUGAGGCGUUACAGCCUCACCAUACCUGGUCGCAUCCUCAAACAUCACAUUUCACACUUUCGACAUCAUCAAGAGCGGACUUGCACGCAAGGAUCGAAGACAAAUUGGGCGAUGUCAUCUCUCUGAUCGACGAGGAAGCCUUUAAUGGUUCGGAGCGAGAUCUUGAAAUCCUCCUACCGGAGUCUCCCGCUCCCGAGUACAGCGAGAUAUAUUCCCCCGAACGAGACAUUCACAAGACAAACGCAAGGCAGCAAGACGCUCGGUCUAAGCCCAAGAAAUCAGGGCAGGACAAACACGUCAACGUUUUCUCCAAGACCGACCUGUACAUGAACUCUCGAUUACCGGCCACGCUCCCACCUCUUCGCGUAUACAUCCCAACCUACCCACUCCUGUGCCUUGCAGCACAGUACUCAGCCAGCGCAUAUUUGCCCCCUAAAUCCCCUUCGGAACGCAAAGAUUUCGUUUCCGCGGACAAUCGCCAAUCCACCAAAGCCAUGCUGAUCAAGUCGAUUCCAUGUGACGAUAAGAAGACCAUCGUUUUCGCCAUCCGAGGGACCAGCAUGCUCAGUCUCCGCGAUUGGGGCGUGAAUUUCAGUACCGAUGCCGUGUCUCCUGCUGGGUUCCUCGACGAUCAAGGCAACCUUUGUCACUCUGGCUUCCUGAAGGUCGCAAAAGCAAUGGUCAAACCCAUUGCGGCCAGACUGCGGCAACUCUUGGAAGAAAAUCCAAACCGCUCAAGCUGUUCGCUCCUCAUGACUGGACACAGCGCUGGUGGAGCGGUGGCGAGCCUUCUAUAUACUCAUAUGCUUGCCUCGACUGUCCAGUCCGACCUCAAUAUCCUGACGGGAUGCUUUAAGCGAGUUCACUGUGUAACGUUUGGCGCUCCACCUAUCAGUCUCUUGCCCUUGCAGAAACCCGACCACGCUGACGGACGACUUCGGAAAUGUCUGUUCCACUCGUUUAUCAACGAGGGCGACCCAGUCGCCCGUGCGGAAAGGGCGUAUGUCCGGAGUCUCGUUGAUCUGCUUUCCAAGCCUGUACCGUCUAUGCCAGUGGGCAAAGACACGACGUCACCGCUGACGACGCUGGGCGCGUCGAAGUCAAGGCUUGAUCUUUCGCUUCCCAAGAUAUGUUCAAAGCCAAAGAAGACGCUCGUUCCAACACGGAGUCUAUGGUGGCCAGUCCCGCCCGCCACGUUCUCAAAUGCUGGGCGGUUGGUUGUCUUGCGGGUACCGGACGCUGGCACGGAAAAUAAUGUGACAGCUUCUGUCGUUACAGACGAGCAGUUGCGGCAGGUGAUGUUUGGCGAUCCUGUAGCGCAUUCGAUGGACCUGUACGCCAGUAGGAUCGAAACACUGGCUGUUCGAGCCGUGACUGGUAGGGCGGGAGCGUGUUGACUAUGAAGACGACAACAACGACAAUAGAUGAUAAUGAUCAAGACAUGUAUUCAUACACGGAGGUAUAGUUCACAGUACAGUUUACAA